AUGAUUCCUCAUCACAGUCAAGAGCCAAAUCUGGUGAUAGGACCUCCAUCUUCAAAUGUGUCAGGUAAUUAUCAUUCAAAUCCUAAUUCUGAUCUAGAUCUAGAUGUUCCUAUUGCGUUGAGAUUAGGGACUAGGUCUUGUACCCAACAUCGUAUCUCCAAGUAUUUUUCUUAUUCUAAUCUAUCAUCCUCAUUCAAAGCUUUCACCUCCAGUUUGACAAGUGUUCUUAUUCCCAGGAAUAUUGAAGAAGAUCUUGGUGCUCCUGAAUGGAAAACAAUUUUACUUAAAAAGAUGAAAGCACUGAAACAAAAUAACACUUGGAGCCUAAUGGAAUUUACACCCGAUAAAAACAUUGUAGGGUGCAAAUGGGUGUUUACUAUCAAUGAUGAUAUUGGAGAAAUGAAUCUUAUCAAGAAAAUGAUGGCAAAGGAAUUUGAAGUUAAGGACCUUGGUGCAUUAAAGUAUUUUCUGGGUAUGGAAUUUGCAAGGAGCAAAAAGGGUAUUUCCGUGUCUCAAAGGAAAUACACUCUUGAUCUCUUAAAAGAAACAGAAAUGCUAGGAAGAAAGCCUAGUAAAACUCCUAUUGAACUUGGGAACAGAACAAAAAUGUUUGAAGGAGAUCUGGUUGACAAAGGAAGAUACUAG